AUGUCCUUCCUCAUGGAGACUAUUUUGCAACAAAUUGCCCAAAAUGAUCUCAUCAAUGAUGAAGUGUCUUGUUUGGAUGUGAUUGACUUUGAGACAGUGAAGAAACGAAUCCUCGAUUACGAUGAAGCCUUUCCCGAAGAAUUCAUUUCGAAUGCUUAUUGCGUGAAAGUUAAUCCUUUCGUUGGUGUCUUGAACCAUGUUCUUUCAAUGGGAAUGGGAGCUGAAUGUGGCUCCUGGCAAGAAGUGUUCUUGGCAUUGAAAACCGGAUUUAAGCCCGAAGACAUCUUUUACUAUUCCCCCGUCCGAACCAAGAGUGAAUUUAAACAAGCCUUGGAAUCGGGGGUCAACAUAAAUUUGGACAACUGGCAAGACUUGGCACAUGUGGAUGAGCAAGCCGAUUUAAAUGGGAUCCCAAAAUCAUAUAUCGGAUUGAGAAUAAAUCCAAUCAUUGGCUUUGGAACCAUAGUCAGUACAUCUACAGCUACAAAAGCCUCAAAAUUUGGUAUUCCUAUUACAGAGGAUAUUUGCCACAUCUACCAGAAAUACUCAUGGCUGAAUUCGAUCCAUUUGCACGUUGGAAGCCAAGGUAUUCCAGUUAUCAACAUGGUUGAAGCUACUCGGAAACUCAUGGACUUGGUUAUGAAGAUCGAAGCCCAGACAGGAAAGAAACUACUGGCCAUAAACAUCGGUGGAGGAUUGUCCAGUUCAUACGAUACUGACCAAGAGCCACCCGAAAUGAGUUUUGCCACCUACCGCAAGGCCUUGGAAAAAUCCGUCCCAGAAUUGUUGAGUGGAGAUCGCAAGAUUAUCACUGAAUUUGGUCGUUGCCUCAUUUUGAAAGCAGGCUUCUCUCUCACUCGGAUAGAGGCCAUAAAAUCGUGGUUUCCUGAUAUCAAUCCGAUUCUUCUUACCCAUUUUGGUGCCAAUCAGUUCCCGUGGGAGGUUUAUAUGCCUGGUGUCUACCGGCAUCGCUUUUCCUUGGCAAAACCCAAUGGACAACUUCAAUUUGGUGAUCAAGAAAUUUAUGACAUUGCUGGGCCUCUCUGCUUUCAGGGAGAUUAUUUGGCUAGGGAAAUUGCCCUGCCCAAAGCGAAUCCUGGAGAUUGGCUGAUUGUCCGCGACACCGGUGCUUAUACCAAGAGCAUGUUUGGCAGAUUCCAUUCCACAAGGUCUGGUCCGGUAUACGCGGUAACAAAAUCCUCCACCAACCAUGAAGUUAUUGUUUUGACGUGCAUUAAGUCCCCAGAAAAUUCCGAAGAAGUCAUCAAAUUUUGGGAGACGCCAGAGAUCGAGGGACUUCGUGCUGGUUUUGUUGCAGCCGGACAAAAAUAAGUAGAUAAAUGGAGUUUUC